GUUCCCACUUACUUUGGGUCUUUCAGAGAACUUGUCUUUUCGUCUUUCUGGGCUCAGUUUGUCGCCGGGCUCGUUGAGGCAGACAGGGCAUUGAUCUUGUUUCCAGUGUCGGAGACCAGGUUGGAUUACCUGCAUUCAGGGAAUGCAUUAAGUAGCUAAAAGUGGAGGCAAGUCAAGAUCCAUGGAGAACAACUUCACUUUUGAGGAGGGCAGUGACAUGUCAUAUGAAGACAAUGACUUGGCCUUCCCUUCUCCAGUAAAACUGACUUCCCAGGGCCAGAGUGACACCCUUGAUGUCGAAAGUAAUGCUGCGGAAAAGGAGGAAGAAACUGAGGCUCCUCCUGAAGCCAUUGUCAUUCCCAGUGAUUCAGAUGCUUUUCUGAAUGUCAACACCAAUGCCACCACGAGAGGGGAUGCUCAGGCAUAUGUUGAGUUAAAUGAACUCCAGGGCAACAUCUGGCAGGAGACCAGCCGAUGGGUAGGCUAUGAAGAGAACCUUGAUCCUGCUACACAACAGUGGGGUCCUUCCCAUGUGUCCUACCUCAGCUUUAGGAGCCUCCUUCAAGUCCGGAGGUUGAUGCGCACAGGAGCCAUCAUCUUUGACAUGAAUGCCAGCAGUCUGUCCUCUGUGGCUGAGAAAAUAGUGGACGAGCUGGUGAGCAAGAAUGAGAUACGCUCCAGCGAUCGAGACGCCCUGCUGAGAGCUCUCCUUAUGAGACGCAGUCAAAAUGAUGGACCUGUGAUUACUCCAGCUGGAGAUAUUCAAAUGCAAACUUUUUCUGUUGUAAAGAAGAGAGACAGCUCUGACAACAUGGAGGCCUCAGUUGUCCUCACUGGUGUUCUGGACCUCCUGCAGAAGCCAGUGGUGGCUUUUGUCAGGCUUACUGACACUGUGGUGAUGGAAUCUGUCCUGGAGUCUUCAGUCCCCAUUCGUUUUGUGUUCAUGAUGGUCGGCCCUACCAUCAGUGACAUGAACUACACUCAAACUGGGCGUGCCAUGGGUGCUCUGAUGGCGGACUGGGUGUUCAGUCUGGAAGCUCACCUCGCCCAAACUGAGAAAGAUCUGACUGAUGCUAUUGCUGACUUCAUGGACUGCAGCAUCGUGAUCCCUCCGACUGAAAUCCAAGACAAGACCAUGCUGGAGCCAAUGAUUGACUUCCAGAGGAAGAUCCUGCGGGAAAGACUCCGGCCUACUGACACCCGCCUUGCCUUUGGAGAAAGGGCAGCAGCUUUACAAAUGAUUCCUGAAGGGCCAAAGGAGGACCCUCUGGCCCGUACAGGCUAUCCAUUUGGUGGAAUGGUGAGGGACAUCAAGCGCCGAUACCGCCACUACCUUAGCGACUACACAGAUGCUCUGAACCCUCAGGUCCUCGCUGCCAUCAUCUUCAUCUACUUCGCAGCCUUAUCACCUGCCAUCACUUUUGGGGGGCUUCUUGCGGACAAAACUGAAAAAAUGAUGGGUGUCUCAGAGCUUAUGGUCUCCACCAGCAUCCAGGGUGUUAUCUUCUGCUUCAUUGCUGCCCAACCUGUCCUCGUCAUUGGAUUUUCUGGACCCCUGCUGCUGUUUGAGGAAGCUUUUUAUGCCUUCUGCAAAUCUCAGGACAUGGAGUACAUUGUGGGUCGUAUUUGGGUGGGCAUGUGGCUGAUAGUGAUCGUGGUUGUAGUUGUUGCAGUCGAAGGGAGCUUCUUGGUCCGAUUCAUUUCACGCUUCACCCAAGAAAUCUUCUCCAUCCUCAUUUCACUCAUCUUCAUCUAUGAGACGUUUGCCAAACUCAUAAAGAUCUUUCAGACCCAUCCUUUGAUCCUGAACUAUGAACAUGUUAACGACACACUGGAAAACCCCUUCCACCCAGUCAUCCACACACACAUAGAGAUUCAUGCAGAUGGCAAUGUGACCAUUAUAGAGAAGGAGACGGAAAGGCCGUACCCCAACACUGCCCUGUUGUCUAUGUGCCUGAUGUUUGGAUGCUUCUCCAUUGCAUACUUCCUUCGUCAGUUCAAAAAUGGAACCUACUUCCCUGGUCCGAUUCGUCGCUUGAUUGGAGAUUUUGGGGUCCCUAUUGCCAUCUUCUUCAUGAUUGCAGUGGAUAUUAGCAUUGCGGAUGCUUAUACGCAGAAACUGGUUGUGCCAAAAGGUGUUGAAGUGACCAACCCCAAAGCCAGAGGCUGGUUUAUUAACCCAAUGGGGGAAAAACAGCCCUUCCCUAUUUGGAUGAUGGGUGCCUGCUGUGUACCUGCUCUUCUUGUCUUUAUCCUCAUCUUCAUGGAGUCCCAGAUUACUACGCUAAUUGUAAGCAAACCUGAAAGGAAAAUGGUAAAAGGCUCUGGUUUUCAUUUCGACCUGCUCCUUCUGGUCACCAUGGGUGGAAUUUCUUCCAUCUUUGGAGUCCCCUGGCUGAGUGCUGCCACCGUUCGAUCCGUCACCCAUGCCAACGCUCUAACUGUCAUGUCUAAGGGGCCAAAACCGGUGAUUGAGAAGGUGAUUGAGCAGAGGAUCAGUGGUAUAUGCGUGGCCAUCAUGGUUGGAGUUUCAAUUUUUAUGGAACCAAUCCUGAAGAUGAUUCCAAUGACAGCUUUGUUUGGUAUAUUCCUGUACAUGGGUAUCACCUCUCUAAGCGGGGUCCAGAUGUGGGACAGGAUGCUUCUGCUAAUUACACCAAAGAAAUACCAUCCAUCUGACGCCUAUGCUACCAGGGUGAAAACUCUGCGGAUGCAUCUCUUUACAUUUAUCCAGCUUGUGUGUUUGGCCAUCCUUUGGCUUGUCAAGCAGAGUGCCUUCUCUUUGGCUCUGCCUUUCUUUCUCAUUCUCACCGUCCCCCUGCGGAUGUUCAUGACAGGACGACUCUUCACCCCCUUGGAGAUGAAAUGCCUGGAUGCAGAUGAUGCCAAAGUGAAAUUUGACGAGGAAGACAUGGAGGAAGGAUUGCCAUAAACACCACUUUGAAGAAAAAUCAAUCAUUAAUUGUAAUUAUAAACUGUUGUUUUUUCUAGUUUUUAAAAUCCAGCAUUCAUGCAACAUUUCUGAUGCUAAACCAGGAUUUAUUUGACAAUAACAAAGGUUUACACAGAAAACAGUAUUUAGAUUCAAGACAUUUUUUCCCCUUCUCCCUUCUAUUACACAUUUAACGUUUGGCUUUACUUGCUCAAGCUAACUUAUUUAAAAAUAAAGAAUUUCAGGGAGACAUUCAACAGUGCAUUUUUGUCCCACCGCCUCUGGUAUUUUUCUCAAGCAUGUAUUUCUGAAGUUUGCCUCAUUUAAUUACUCAUGUGUCACUUAUGUCAUAUUAUUUCCUGUUCCUGUUUGAAAUAUGUGAAAGAUGUGUGUUUCCAUAUUCAGAUAUUAGAGUGUACUUACUUUAAAAGUAGCUAAAUAGAUAGCCAUUUUAGUUGUAAGAUCAGGAAAGCAUUGUUGUAUAUGAUCUGAAACGCAUUUUGUGCUAUAAAAUGUGUGUGCUUAAAAACUGUACAUGGCUUUGGAUUAUUUUAUUACAAAUAAAAUCAGUCUUUAAAAA